AUGAUUUCCGAUCAUGCCACACUCCCCUUCCUCCUCUCCUUCUUCAUCUUCCUCCACUUCCACUCUCCCUGCGCCCACUCCAAACCCUCCAUCUCCGUCACCCCCACCACGCUCUCAAAAUCCGGCGACUUCGUCCACGUCCAAUGGUCCGGCAUCGAAGCCCCCUCCGACCUCGAUUUCCUCGCCAUCUACUCCCCUCCGACCUCCCCCCACGACAACUACAUCGGCUACCGUUUCCUCUCCCAAUCUGCCUCCUGGGAAACCGGGUCGGGCAGCAUCUCCCUCCCUCUCAUCGAUCUCCGCGCCGGCUACUCCUUCCGGAUCUUCCGCUGGACCCGAGCCGAAAUCAACCCCAAGCGCCAGGACCACGACCACAACCCCCUCCCCGCCACGCACCACCUUCUCGCGUUCACCGGCGAGGUAGCCUUCGCCCCGGACCGUGGCCCCGGACAAAUCCACCUGGCCUUCGCGGACCAAGACGACGCCAUGCGCGUCAUGUACGUCUCGCCCAACCCCAAGGAGACCUACGUGCGCUACGGGGAGAAGGAACACGCGCUCGACGGCGUCGCACUCGCGCGUGUGGAGCGAUAUGAGAGGGAGCACAUGUGCGACGCUCCCGCCAACACCAGCGUUGGGUGGAGAGACCCUGGUUAUAUCCACAACGCGCUUCUUACGAAUUUGAAGAAGGGACAGAGGUAUUACUACAAGGUUGGGAAUGAUAAUGGAGGUUGGACUGCAACUCAUAGUUUUGUGUCAAGGAACAGUGAUUCAGAUGAAACAAUUGCUUUCCUGUUUGGUGACAUGGGAACAACUGUACCAUAUAAUACGUUUCUGCGAACACAGGAAGAAAGCAUAUCUACCAUGAAGUGGAUCCUCCGUGAUGUUGAAGCUCUAGGGGACAAGCCAGCCUUUGUGUCGCACAUCGGAGACAUUAGUUAUGCAAGAGGUUAUUCCUGGUUGUGGGACCAAUUUUUCAGCCAGAUUGAGCCUGUCGCGUCCAAAGUGGCUUACCAUGUUUGCAUUGGCAAUCACGAGUAUAACUGGCCUUUGCAGCCGUGGAAACCCGAUUGGGCCAGUUAUGGAAAAGAUGGGGGUGGUGAGUGUGGUGUGCCUUACAGUUUGAGGUUCAACAUGCCUGGAAACUCUUCAGAAUCAACUGGAACUGCAGCCCCACCAACUAAGAAUCUUUAUUACUCAUUUGAUAUGGGAGCAGUACACUUUGUGUAUAUUUCCACAGAGACCAAUUUCCUUCCCGGGAGCAAUCAGUACAACUUCUUGAAGCAUGAUCUGGAAUCAGUUGACAGGAACAAAACUCCGUUUGUGGUAGUGCAAGGACACAGACCCAUGUACACUACCAGUCAUGAAAAUAGGGAUGCUGCUUUAAGAGCGAAGAUGCUGGAGCACUUGGAACCUCUGUUGGUGAAUAACAAUGUCUCACUUGCCCUUUGGGGUCAUGUUCAUAGAUAUGAGAGAUUUUGUGCGCUGAAUAACUUCACAUGUGGUGAUAAUGUGGGUCAGAGAGCAGGGGACGAUAAAGGAUAUACUGUUCAUAUUGUGAUUGGCAUGGCAGGGCAAGACUGGCAACCCACGUGGCAACCAAGAGCGGACCAUCCCGAUGACCCAAUCUUUCCACAGCCGAAAUGGUCCCUGUACCGUGGGGGCGAGUUUGGGUACACAAGACUGGUGGCUACAAAGCAGAAGCUUGUGCUUUCUUAUGUGGGAAACCAUGACGGUGUGGUGCAUGACAUGGUGGAAAUUCUGGCAUCUGGGGAAGUUAUCAUUGGUAAUGGAAACUGUAGUAUUGUUGUAAAUUCUGAACCUGAAUAUAAGAUUGUGGAAUCCACAUUGUCAUGGUAUGUGAAGGGAGGAAGUGUGCUGUUGCUUGGGGCAUUCAUGGGUUACGUUCUUGGUUUCGUUACAAGUGCCAAAAAGAAGUCUGACAAGGCCAGGAGCAAUUGGACUCCAGUGAAGACUGAGGAGACUUUAUCUGAUAUUAAGUUAGGGAUAGCAAUAUUGCGUUGCAGUCCAUGGCUAUAUUCGGACAAGAAACCAGCGUGCUCAAUGGCUGCUCUACACUUCUCAACAACCUGCAGGCAUUCCAACUCACCUUUGCGUUUCAAUUCAAAAUCAAGCUUCAUAGGCUUCACUCAAAGAAACAAUAUUUGGCAGUUGAUUGUCAUCACAAAGUCUAAUUCCAGAAGGGCAGUAAGAAAACUCUAUGUGAAGAAUGUUGCCAGCGACAAGAAGCAGGAACUGAAAGAUCCACUCAGCGAACAAGACACUUUCAAUGAAUUUGUUCCAGAUUCUGCAUCUAUUGCUUCAAGCAUCAAAUUCCAUGCUGAGUUCACCACUCCAUUUUCUCCAGAGAAGUUUGAGCUCAAUAAAGCUUUCUUUGCAACUGCAGAGAGUGUUCGUGAUUCCCUCAUCAUAAACUGGAAUGCAACAAAUGACUACUAUGAAAAGAAGAAUGUCAAACAGGCUUACUAUAUGUCUAUGGAGUAUCUACAGGGUAGGGCAUUGCUAAAUGCAAUUGGGAAUUUACAGCUCUCGGGUCCUUAUGCCGAGGCUCUCAGAAAGUUGGGUCACAAUUUAGAGGACGUGGCUAAUAAGGAGCCAGAUGCUGCCCUUGGGAAUGGGGGAUUAGGUCGGCUUGCUUCUUGCUUUCUCGACUCCUUGGCCACUUUGAAUUACCCUGCAUGGGGAUAUGGACUUAGAUACAAGUAUGGUUUAUUCAAACAACACAUAACAAAGGAUGGACAGGUCGAAGUUGCUGAAAAUUGGCUUGAGAUGGGAAAUCCCUGGGAAAUUCUGAGAAAUGAUGUCUCUUAUCCCGUUAAAUUCUAUGGAGAAGUUAUUCUAGGGCCAAAUGGAAAUAAACAGUGGGUUGGAGGAGAAAAUAUAUUGGCUGUUGCUUAUGAUGUUCCAAUACCUGGAUACAAAACUAGAACAACUGUAAACCUGCGAUUAUGGUCCACUAAAGUUUCACAGGAAGAAUUUGAUUUGCGAGCCUUUAAUUCUGGAGAUCAUGCCAAAGCAUACGCUGUUAUGAAGAAUGCAGAGAAGAUCUGCUAUGUUUUGUAUCCUGGUGAUGAAUCAACAGAAGGAAAGACUCUGAGACUGAAGCAACAAUACACACUAUGCUCUGCCUCUCUCCAGGAUAUCAUUGCACGCUUUGAAAAGAGAUCGGGAAAGAGAGUAAAUUGGGACACUCUCCCAGAUAAAGUGGUUGUGCAAAUGAAUGAUACUCACCCAACUCUCUGCAUUCCUGAGCUAAUUAGGAUAUUGAUGGAUGUGAAGGGUUUAAAUUGGGAGAAAGCAUGGAAUAUUACUAAGAGAACGGUUGCUUACACAAAUCAUACAGUUCUACCGGAAGCACUAGAGAAGUGGAGUUUGACACUUCUGCAGGGUUUGCUUCCUCGACAUGUGGAAAUAAUAAGCAAGAUAGAUGAGGAGUUGAUACAUGAAAUCAUUUCUGAGUAUGGGAUAGAUGAUCUCGACUUGUUGCAACAAAGACUUAAAAAAAUGAGAAUACUAGAAAAUAUCGAGUUGCCUAAUUCGGUGCUGGAACUGCUUAGUAUCACAGAAGAGGCUUCAGCUGUUGAUCCUGUGAAGGAAGUUGAUGUUGAUGAUACUGAUGUAAAGGCAACUGAAAAAGAAGAGGAGAAAGAUGAUGAUGAUGAUGAUAUAGGAGAAGAGGAACAAGAAGAAGAUACUGAAAACUCAUCUGUCGAAGAGGUUAUGGACAGUAAAGUAGAAGCGAGGUUCAAAGUUGAUCCAAAACUACCAAUGAUGGUUCGCAUGGCUAAUCUGUGCGUUGCUGGUGGAUUUUCUGUAAAUGGUGUAGCUGCAAUACAUACCGAGAUUGUAAAAGAGGAAGUUUUUAAUGAAUUUUACAAGUUAUGGCCCGAGAAAUUCCAGAAUAAAACAAAUGGGGUGACUCCUAGAAGAUGGAUCCGUUUCUGUAAUCCUGAUCUUAGUAAAAUCAUAACCAAGUGGACUGGAACAGAAGACUGGAUAACGGAUCUUGAAAAACUGGCUAUACUUCGCAAGUUUGCAGAUAACGAGGAUCUACAGCUAGAGUGGAUAGAAGCAAAAAGAAGAAACAAGAUUAAGAUUGCAUCAUUUCUCAAAGAUAAAACGGGUUAUGUUGUCAAUCCAAGCGCAAUGUUUGAUGUACAGGUGAAGCGCAUUCACGAAUACAAACGACAGUUACUGAAUAUCAUGGGAAUUGUUUAUCGGUACAAAAAGAUGAAAGAAUUGAGUGCUGAGGAAAGAAAAGAAAUGUUUGUUCCUCGGGUUUGUAUUUUUGGGGGGAAAGCAUUUGCAACAUAUGUUCAAGCCAAAAGGAUAGUAAAAUUCAUCACAGAUGUAGGAGCUACAAUCAACCGUGAUCCGGAGAUAGGAGAUCUUUUGAAGGUUGUAUUUGUUCCGGAUUACAAUGUUAGUGUUGCUGAAAUACUAAUUCCUGGCAGUGAAUUGUCCCAGCACAUCAGCACUGGUGGGAUGGAGGCCAGUGGAACUAGCAACAUGAAAUUUGCAAUGAAUGGAUGCAUACUUAUAGGAACUCUAGAUGGAGCCAAUGUUGAAAUAAGAGAAGAGAUAGGAGAAGAUAACUUCUUUCUCUUUGGUGCACGGGCUGAAGAAAUUGCUGGACUACGGAAAGAAAGAGCCGAGGGAAAGUUUGUAGCAGAUCCACGGUUUGAAGAAGUGAAGACAUAUGUAAGAAGUGGUGUUUUUGGCCCCUACAAUUACGAAGAAUUGAUGGGGUCCUUGGAAGGGAAUGAAGGGUAUGGUCGUGCUGAUUAUUUCCUUGUUGGCAAGGACUUCCCCAGCUACUUGGAGUGCCAAGAAGAAGUUGACAAGGCAUAUCGCGAUCAAAAAAGAUGGACAAAAAUGUCAAUCUUGAACACAGCUGGUUCAUACAAAUUCAGCAGUGACAGGACCAUUCACGAAUAUGCUAGAGAUAUAUGGAGGAUUGAACCCGUUGACUUGGCUUGA